UGCAAGAACUAUUGCCAACUCGCCCGGAUUUCCUGAAGUGCUCGUAUCGCUCUUAUAAUAUUAAAAGGGAUCCUCGCAACGCUCUUUUCAUCUCAUCUACCUCCUUCCUUUCUGUUUUUUCACUUUCGUAUGGAUACUUUCUACCCGAACCCAACAUGACCGUGCUGCAAUUGAAAGGAACAAUUUACUUUUAAAAUUAGCGCAAAGCUAUGGAGACAUUAGAUUAAUUACAGAAGAUCUUCAUCUAAUGUCAUGAAAAAACCUGCUAGGGCAUAGACGCAUAGUAGUACAGUACCUUCUCUUUCUUUGUAGCUUAAUGAUUGGAGAGCCCGACAACAAUUUCCUGUUGACCUGUUCGGUCGAGAAAGAAUUGGGAACAGGCAUUAGAAAAAAAAAAUCAGGAAGAAGAACAGGCGAGGGCAGAGGGGCGAGCAAACGUACCUGGCGCAGUCGUUCGUCGGGAGGCAAAGACGAACAGGCGAAAAGGCAGGGAACUACCGAUCCGAACGAACAGGAAAUUAGGGAUUGAUCGAUUCCUUUCCUCUCCACGUCCUUUGCCUUGUACGCUCAAACAUGGGGCGGCUCAUUAUCUCUAACUUUUUUUUUCCAAGGCCUAGUAGCAGGCGACGCGAGAGGCUGAGGCGCUGGUGAGCUUCGCUUGAAAAAACGUAUAGCUCCUGUAUGCUAUGUACACGUCCCUGGGAGGCCCCCCUGACUUUUGGAGGCCCGGUGUAGGUGCCUGAUCGAAGCUAGCAGGAUCCAUGGCCUUGGAGAGGUUCUUGACGGCGCUUGUCUUCUGCCAGGCGCCCCUCGACGGAUACGACACGUCCGUGAUGACAGCGAGCUCUGUCGGCAAGCACGUCUCGGGCGGCACGUCGAAACUGGCGGCUCACGAGGUGAACGAUGAGGAGAAGAAACAGGGAUACUCCGGCGGGUCGACGGUGCAGCGGCAUGCUGGGUUCCAGAUGGCGUUCGACGGCCUCAACUGCUUCGACACCGUCAUGGUGCACUGCGCAUGCCCUUCUUUCUGAACAUGUAUAGGACUUGGAUAAGUUAGA